AUGGAGGACAUCCCAGAAAACGAAUUUAUAAAGGUAUGUGAAUUUAAUGAAUUAUACAUAUGAAAAUGGCCAUCAGGUCACCAUUUUUGUAAUCGAAUGUUAUUUAUGACUUGUUUAGUGUACUCUUUGAGUUAUUUGAAUUGAACAUGUUCGAGAAUACAUUUUUUUUAAACAAAAUUUCAUAGUUUAUGCUGAAACUGCUGAUAUUUUUUAAUGUAGUUUUAAUAUAUUUAUAUACUGUUUUUAAUAUCUCAAGGUUCUUGUUGAGCAUGGUGAGAGGAGAAAAGUAGUUUCCAUUGAAAAAGAUGAAAAUUUGGAUCAGGUGAAAAAUAAGGUGAAAAAGAAUUUUGAAAUAAGAGGUGCAAUUGUUUUGCAAGAGUAUGAUGAGGAAUGGGAAGCCUGGCUUGAUUUAGAAAAUACACAAUCCCUUCGGCAUCAACAGAAGCUAAAAUGUGUAGCCACAGCAGACAAAGAAGAAGUGUAUUAAUAAAGAAAUUGAAAAGGUUAGUUUUUUCAUUCAUAUAUUAAAUUUAUGUAUAUUCAGCCACAUACAGACACAGUAUGUGUUUGACAUUUUGAACUUUUAGCAUUAACACAACUAAUGUGUGUGAUGAAUAAUUAACCCUUUUUAGUGGACGCAAAGGCUCCCAAUGGUCCCGGCCUACUUUAUUCUUUUACGUUUACUCAGUCAAAAACACCAGAUGAUUUUACUUGUCAAGUGGAGAGACUUGUGCUUAAAUGGGUUAAUGUUCAGACAUUAAGGGUAUUGUGUUCACAGAACAUAAAUUCACAUGCAUCAAAAGAUGCAAAUUGCACAUCCACAAAUUGCAGCAAAAAUUGCAAGCGUAUUAAGACAGGGCUUUAACUUGUGAUGAGACAAAUAGACUGAGCAUUUUAACGAGAAUUUUUUUUAAUAAUUGGGCUGCUUCUUUUCUCUUUAUUUCCAGUUUUAAAAUUUAAAUUAUGUAUGCCCAUCUGUGGUUUUAACGAGCUAACAAAUUAACUUAUUGAUUAGUUACAUAAUUCAUUGAUUGAACUGGGAUUUUAUUGUGGAAAUACCAGUAUCACAACUGAUGCUUUUGUCAUAUGUAGCAAACUGCAUUGGCAGAUGGAAAAAUGUCCACUACAUCCACUGCAGGUAACUAAUUCACUCAUCUCCAUCCAGAGUCUCUUGAUAAACAUUAGAACUUUCAGAGGAAUAUCUUUGUCAAGAGUACUGUAUUUCAUAUGGUAAAAAAUCAUCCCCUUUGUUGAGCCUUGAUAGCUUAAUGCCAUUUCCAGCUGCAACCUGUCAAGUUUUACCAACUGAAACAGUUGUAAUAUAAUGAGUGUGGGGGGGGGGACUUUUGAAAAUUUUGAAACUGUGAGAUGGGUUGGGAUAUGAUUUCAAAAAGAGGGAGAUAGAGGUAGAACCUUUUUCUGAAAUGUAUAUAUAAUAAUAUUUUUUGUGAGGGGGAUUUCAAUGUAGGUACAGUAAGGUUAUUAGAUAACCUAUACUAUAUAUAGGUUAUCCAACUACCUGAAAAAUAAGAAAGUAAUUUCUGAGUAGCCUUUGCUUCAAACGUCGAAGAAAUUACUUCUUAUUUUUCUGGUAGUUGGAUAGCCCUAUUAACCUACUCUACUCAGGUACUAUUUUAUAUUUUGUCUUUUCUUAGCACUCAUAAAUUAUAAUUGUUUUUGUUUGUGGAAACACCACAUAAAUUUAUUACUGCAAAGCUUUCGAUCCAUAAGCCCGGAUCUUCAUCAGUGCUAAUAAUAAUAAUAACAUAUUAUUAGCACUGAUGAAGAUCCGGCAUUACGGAUUGAAAGCUUUGCAAUAAUAAAUUUACGUGGUGUUUCCACAAACAAAAACAAUUAUAUUUUAUCGCCAUGCAAACAUUCAAAGAACUUAUCACUCAUAAAUUGUUGGUUUUAUUCUAUAAUGUUUUUAAAAGUGUAGAACAAAAGGGAUAUCACACUAUAUACUUUUAUGUAUGCUUUGUAGCUUCUGUUGAUAUUGGAAGUACAUGUAAGAAGCAGUUAACCAUUUCCAAAGUCAGGAAUAAAAUAUCACUGGGCCCUGAAGUAGCCAAGGUAUUACAGUAUAAGUGGAUAUCUUUUGUCAGUUUAUUUAAUUUAGCAGAAUUGGCAUCAAAAUUGUUGUGGUUAUGCUGUUCACUAAAAAGAGGAGGGGGGGGGGGGGUUGCCUAGUUUAAAAACUGGAUGAUCAAAGAAAUUGUAAGCAAUACAUAUUAUUUAUAUAUGUAUUGCUAAGCAAUACAUGUUUUCACCGUGUUGAAACCAACACUGAAUUUCUUAAUGCUGGAAGUUUCUUUAUAUUAAUACAUACUGUAUAGUAAUCUUUGCGUUUUACAAAAAUGUCAUCUUCAAUUUUUAGUCAUCUAAUAGAAUGUGAUUUUUAACUUUAAUAUUUGGAAACCUGCUUUUAGCAUUUGUAAUGUACUGUGUAUUUGGAAACCUGUACGUACAGUAAGGGUUUGUUAUAUAGUGAUUGUUUCUUGCAGACAAAUGAGAUCGAACAGCAGCAUCAACUUGUUCAAUUCAGCACUGAUGAUCUUCGUAAAAAAUCUGAAAUAUAUCAUUGCACCAAUCCAACCCGGUACCAGCAAAGUGUUAAUGAUGCUGUGUUUGAGUUGUGCAAAGGUGAUCCAGUUCUUGUCUUAAGCAAAGGGAAAUUGUUUGAAGAGGCGAGAAAAAAAGUUGAUUCUGUUGGGUAUGACUAUGUCAAGAAAGUAUCCAGAUCCAAUGUCUAUGGUAGUGCAAGUCAGCCACGUAAAUCAAAAAGAAAAUAUAUUGCUGCAGAUAUUCGGGCAUCGCGAAUCAAGGAGUUGAGCAACAGCAUUUCCAGCCUUAGCGAAACCAUUGAGUUAUUAACGAAACAGGAACAACACUACAGUAAUGCUGAGAAAUUUCUACAAGCUGCCGAAAUCAACUCAAGCAUAUUAGAGAAGGGAAAGCAGAAAUGGAAACUAGAGAAGGAAAUGAAAAUGUUGAGCAAAGCUGAAUCGAAGUCGAAAUCGUCUGCAAAGAAAAAGUGCAAACAACAAAAAAGAAAUGAAAAGCAGUCUUCUGUCAACGUUUCACCUUCUGGUAUUAAUAUGUAUGUAACCAGCUCAGCUCCUAGCACUAAUGUGCAAAGUAGUGACCCCAAUGAAAAUGAUACAGAUGAACGUCCAUGGCCAUUACUUAGAGAAGAUGCUACUGUUGGUAUGACAAUAAACACACAUACGUCGUCAGUAUCACCUCCGACCACAAUUGUUGAAGGGGACUCGGAUUUUCAAAAGUCCCCCAAGUAAACAUCUUACCUUUGGGGGAACCUGCUAACAGUUAUGUUCAAAACUGCCUUUCAAAAUUUAGGAAGUAUGCAAAACAAAAUCUGACUGUUGGGCGCAAGUUAAAUGCUGAUACGUUUGUGACAUGUAUCAAAGACAUGACUUUGGAUGAAUAUUCUGUUGCUGUUAAAAGGCAUUGUAAUGAUUGCCACAAAGUUAGAAGUUGUUCCAAAUGUAAACCUGUUCUGGAAGCAAUAAAUGAAAUAGGUGAAAAGGGAAUUGUACCACUAUCAACAGUUUACAGGAAGUGCUUUGGAUCAGUGUACAAGUCUGAUAAAGCAGUUCGUCAUAUUAUUCAGCUUCCUGUCAUUAUUUUUUGUUGCUUUGAUCAGUUGUUCGUAAACAGAAUAUGUUGAUGGACUUGAUUUCACGAAACUUGCUAGUUGUGUUGCAAAAUAUGUUCCACAAAAUUGUUUAUCUAGUGGAAUUGAUAAGGAAAAUUUAAAGUUAUUGUGUGAGUUAGCAAGCUCUGAAAAGGACAGACGUCUAAUUCGUGUGGCAUCAUGUCAAGGGAAAUCGGGAAACGAAGCAAAGCGUUUGGGAGUUUCAAACUUGAAUAAAGAGAAGAAGAUGAUAUAUGAUGCAAUGCAGGAGUACCUGGAGAUUAAGCAAGCAGUUAAUAAGAUUGCACAGGCCAAAAUUGUGAAUAUGGAACCAGACAAUGACUCCGAUACUACGACUUGUGACAGCAGUGAGGGGAAAUUGUGUGUAUGGAUAGCUGAUGAUGAAAGUGAAGAACAAAACAUGUCAGUGACAGACAAAGAAAACAGACGUGAUUCUACCUAUUUUACCAAGCCAAGCUGA